ACCUGUAUUAUUUGAGCGGUCAGUACGGAAGUCACACAGACAGCGCACAUUAUGCCAACUAUAGAAAUGCCAGAUUCAAAGCCAGUAUCGGGAUUCAGUAAAUUUUUAUCCGCGGCUUUCUAUGCCAGUAGCUCUUUUUUAAUUAUUCUCGUCAACAAAACUGUUCUGACAAACUACAGGUUCCCCUCUUACCUCUUUCUAGGAAUCGGUCAGAUGACAACCACAAUAUGUGUGCUGUAUGUUGCAAAAUUGAAACAAUUUGUUCAUUUCCAGGACUUUGACAGAAAUAUACCGUACAAAGUUUUUCCACUACCUCUGCUUUAUGUUGGGAAUCACUUGACAGGCUUAGCAAGCACAAAGAAAUUAAGUUUACCGAUGUUCACUGUUCUCAGGAAGUUUACCAUUGUGAUGACAAUGAUCCUGGAAGCAAGGGUAUUAAGAAAAACAUUCCCAUUACCCAUUGUCUUUUGUGUGUUUACCAUGGUCCUUGGAGCAUUGGUAGCAGCUAGCUCGGAUCUUGCCUUUGAAGUUGAAGGAUACACUUUCAUUCUUCUGAACGACCUGUUCACAGCUGCCAGUGGAGUUUACACCAAAAAACAGCUUGGUUCUGAGGGUCUUGGAAAACAUGGAGUACUUUUCUACAAUGCGUGCUUCGUAAUCCUACCGACCAUCCUGGCAUGCAUAUGUACUGGAGACCUCCAAAAGGCCAUCGCGUUUGAACACUGGACGUCGUACACAUUCUUAAGUCAUUUCCUGUUGUCUUGUAUAAUGGGGUUUGUACUGAUGUAUUCCAUUGUGGUCUGCAGCCAUUAUAACUCUGCUCUUACAACUACAGUAGUUGGUGCUAUAAAGAAUGUGGCUGUGGCUUACAUUGGCAUGUUUGUUGGUGGAGAUUACAUGUUUUCAUGGUUAAACUUCAUAGGAUUAAAUAUCUGCAUGUCAGGAGGGCUUGCGUACUCUCUCUUAACAUUUCAAAGCAACUCGCCCUCCAAGAGUGAUGGGAACAGCUCAGCUUCACAAGAAUGCUUGACUGAUCAAAUUACAGAAAGGGCUAGCCACCUUAUAGAAAACUCAAAACCGGGAAUGUGACAGAAUAAACUUCAUCCAAUAGAGUAUAUUUAAUUGACUCAUGUAUGUAUAUAUAUUAAUGGUGUAUUGCUAACAUUUGUAUAACGUUUUUAUUGCAUUUUAUGCAAGUGUAUUUUAUUUACAAUAAUUCACUUGGCAAACAAAUGUGAGCCACAGCUUUACAUACUCAGGCAAACAAGGUAAAUAAAGGUUGAACAUGUCUGUAGGAUUUUUUAAAAUGGAAUGGCACAGCAGUGUCUUAUGAUUGUGUGAUCUAUAUUAUCCUGAAUGUAUAAUGAUGUUUUUUAACACUUUUGGAAAAGAUGCGAUUGGUUUGAGGGAUAUAGUGGUAUCUCUAUAAAAGACAUCCCGAUGCCUUAGAUGCUACAUGCAUUUUUCCCAGAUAGCUUCCAUAAAUAAAGCUGUAUAAGUAGAAACAUUCAUGAGCUGAAUCAUUAAAAUACCAUGGACCACUGGACCAAACAGUUUUCUGGUGUUUUCUUUUAGGCCAGUCAUACUAAAAGAGGUGUAAGGAAAUGUGUAGACUACAGUUGUCAAGGUGCUGGUCUCCUCGCAAGUCACAACUAGUGCAUCGACUGGUCAGGUCUGAGAAUACCCGAACUGGGAGUGGAGGAAGUGUUGUAUUUUCCAGAUGGGGUAAAGUACAGUAUAUAAAAAGGAGAAACAUUAUGUUUUAGGUGCUAUUUUAAAUGUAACAUGGACAAUACUCACUUAAGAUAACUUUCUUUUCUUUUUCUAAAGUCAUCUGAGGCUUAUUUCUUGUCUAUUUUCAAUUAUCUUAUGUUUUUAGGUGCUGCCUUUCUGAA